CUUAAAUAUAAAUCGAACUCGUCCCAAUUGACGAAUUUAUAUCUCCUUAAGCCAAAUCUAUUUACAAUCACUCAAAAUGCACCGUAAUAUCGACACAAUAACCCAAACAAUCCACAAAUAUCUCGAACGCAAAUCACUUGACAUCUACGACGCCCCUUGGGUAAUCAAAAAAUCCGAACUGGGAGGAUUUGGGGUUUUUGCAACAAGACCGAUCGAAGUUGGAGAACUAAUCUUCAAGGACUUUCCGGUGAUUUUGGGACCUCGAGCUGCCCCCACGUGCCCUUUAUCGUGCGUCAGUUGUUACAAUAGACGAAAUUUGAGGUUGUGUGAGAAGAAAUGUGGGCUUUUGUUAUGUUCGGAUGAGUGUGAAAAGUCGUCAAAACAUCAAAAAGAGUGUAAGAUUGUAAGACAGUGGCAGAGUAAACCCAUUUCGGAGGAGCUGUCCGCAAAGCUUAUCAAAGUGUUAUCACCAAUCAGAUCGUUGCUUUUGAGUGAGGAAGACAAAGAUGUGGUCAAGUGUCUGAAAGCACACAAGUCGGACCAACACGGGUUUGAAGUGGAUGUUAUGAAAGAUCUCCUGGCUUUAAAUGUGAAAGAAGAUGAAGAGAAAUUCAUGAGGUUUGUUUGUUCGGUUAUGGAUUCGAACGCUUUUGAGGUUCUUGUUGGUUUUGAGGAUAACCAAGCGAGUGUUAAAGGUUUGUACCCUCUGGGAAGUCUAGCCAAUCACUCUUGUUGCCCUAACACCUGGCACGUGUUUGACGACAAGCAGCAUAUGAUAGUCCGGGCCUCAAAAUUCAUUCCUCAAGGAUCAGAAAUUUUUCAUUCUUAUUCAAGACUCAUCUGGAGCACUUCUGCCAGACGCCUCCACUUGUACAGAACCAAACACUUUUUGUGUAAGUGCCAAAGAUGUCAAGACCCCACCGAAUUUGGUACUUAUAUCGGUUCAAUUUUGUGCAAAAUUUGUAAAACUGGGAAAGUAAUCCCAAUUAACCCUCUCCAAACUGGCAAAUGGCAGUGCGAAAGCUGUGGCAACUUGAUUCAAAAAGAAGAAGUCGCAAAUUUAACUACUCUACUUGGCUCUGCUUUGAAUAGUUUCGACGACGACGAUGUCACAGUCAUGUUGCGAUUACUCCAUCAAAAACUGCCAAAUUUAGUGCCUGAAAAUAACCAAACUUGCGUAGAACUCAAGUAUAAACUUAUCUGGAUUCUAGGUCAUCAUCAAGGCUUUGCUUGGAAUGAACUUUCUGAUGAAUAUCUUACGAUCAAGGACAAUUUCUGUCAAGACCUUUUGACUUUGUUAGAGGCCCUCCAUUUAGGACAAUGUAAAAUGAGAGGAUUGUUGUUGUACGAACUGUAUUCCUGUUAUAAAGAGCACAAAAAGAGAGAAGGGAAAUCUGCAAGUGUUUCGAAGGUACAUGAAAAUCAGAUGAGAAAUAUGCUUCAAGAAGCUGCGGAUAUUUUGAUGUAUGAUGUUACCGCACCAGCUGAAAUUAAAAUGAUGUGGCCUGAAGAAAUGAAAGUGAAGACGGAAUGAUAAUAUAUUUCUUUAUAAUUUAUUAUUAAUGUGCAAACAUAUUUUUUAAAUUSAUUAAAUCGAGAGAUCAAGAUAAUUUGUAAUCGAGUCYUCURUGGAURUGAAAACGUAUGUCUGUUUUUGAACCAAGUGCACAUAAAAUGACAAGUCCGAAGAUAAAACGACAAAAUGGCCUAGAAUUAGUCUCUGACGUAUAAUAAUAAGACCGUGAACGGUUUUUUUUUUACAUAAGUUUAGUUAUUAAAAUCAUAAUUUUUUUGAUCAUACCAUUUUACCUUUUGAUUUGUGAUUUUUUUUUCGGAUUCAGACAAAUUAUUUUGAUCUCUCGAUAGUUUUAUGUUAUAUUACACUGUACAACAUGAUUCAAACAUUUUUGGUUUAUAGAGAAAUGUAAAACCUUAUCAUAAUAAAGUUAUUUAAUUAAA